AUGCUUCAACACAUCUAUAGCUGGGGAGAGGAACACAAAUUGAGGUUUAACCCCAACAAAACUAGAGGAAUAGUUUUCAACAGACCUAGACAAGCUAACCUCUAUCGGCGUCCGCCACACCUCAAGAUGAACGGUAAAAUCAUAAAGGUAAAAGAGACCCUCAAAUAUCUCGGUGUAAACUUGGAUUUUAGGUUGUCUUGGGACAAACACGUAGAGCAUAUAACGAACCGCACUGGGCUUAUCCUGCAGUCCUACGCCCAGGUGGCGAAAAAUAACUGGGGAUUGACCUCAAAUGCAAUGUCAAUCAUUUACGAUGGGAUAUACUUGCCUAUUAUGACUUAUGCCUGUGGCACCUGGGGGUGGGCCACAAGGAAGGUACACACAAAUCGCAAACUGAUAUCAUCACAAAGACGUGCGCUUAUCCUGAUAGCUAAGGCAUUCCGAACCGUUAGUAACAGGUGUCUCCAGGUGAUUGCACGGAAGCCGCCCAUAGACCUUGCUAUCCUUCAGAGACAAAAGUACCAAUUAAUCAAAUGGGGUGAGAACAUCCAGACUACAACAAGCACAAUACAUCAUGAUGACAUUGAAUGGCCUAUCCCAUUUCGCGAAUCUCUCCCUCCCAAUGAAAGUACAACCGACAUAGACAACACUAGUGAAUCAUCUAACAUCAAUAUUUUCACGGACGGGUCUCGUAUUAACAACUCUGUAGGAUGCAGCUUUGUAAUAUAUAACAACAAUACAGAAAUCUCUCAACAGACGUUCCGGCUGGAUGAUAGGUGUACUGUAUUUCAAGCCGAACUAUUCGCUAUUGGGAAAGCAAUCGACUAUGUCAACCAGACCUAUGAGAAUGUAGCUGUCGACAUAUACACUGACUCUCUAUCUGCAUAUAAUUUAAUUAAAAGCAACAAACUACAUCCACUGGCCGUAAAAGUUAAAAACUUGAUUAAAAAAUCGAAAUGCAAUAUAUACAUUUCCUGGGUCAGAGCCCAUCAGGGCCUGAAAGGCAACGAGAGAGCGGAUACUCUGGCUAAGUACGCAACCACGAAAGAUAGCAACAAUACUGAAUAUAACAAAAUUAGUCAACAAACACUGCGGCAACUCUUAUGGAAAGACACUUUACUACAGUGGCAAACCACAUGGGAUCACGAUAUGCAACACAUAACCCACAGGUUUAUUCCGGACUUGAAGAAAUUUAUUAGCAUAGACUGGUAUACUCCUGAUUAUUGCACUACCCAAAUAUUCACCAAGCACGGCAAGUUUGCCAAUUACCUUGUCAGGUUCACAAAUAGGACUUCUGGUCUUUGCCCUACAUGCAAUGUUGAAGACGGUCCUGAGCACUAUAUAUAUGAUUGUACCGCUUUUGAACGCGAAAGGAACGAAUUAAGGAUUCUUAUUGAAGAACAGGGCAUAGAAUGGCCAAGCAGUCCAUCGGAUAUCUGGCUAAACAGAGAGAUCUACAACAACUUCAAACAAUUUGCUAAGCAAAAUUACUAUGUUAACAAAACCAAGAUCUACAGCUAA